AUGGGCGAAGUUGCUGAGGCUUGGACGAAACCGAAGCCAAUCAAGAUUACAUUUGAUAGAGAUUUGAUGGAAUUCUCUGAGGACGGUGUGGCGGUAAAAUUGAACGCGGAAAGGGAAGAUGAGAAUGCUAGAGUAUUGAAGAAUUUGAUUGUACUCAAAGUUCUAGGUAAUGGAGUUCGAUUCUCAGUUUGCAGUUCGGAGCUAAGAAGACAAUGGAGCCAAUACGGUAAAUUUCACUUGACCUCAAUUGGAUUGGAUUGGAUACUAUGUUUGUUCAAUUCGUGUGAGGUGAUUGAUGAAGUUUUGAAUGGGGGCCCAUGGUAUGUGAAUGUAUUAAUCGUUGGUAUGGAUAGGUGGACUCCUACUUUUGAUACAAAUUCGUUUAAAGGUAUAUCUGCUCCGGUGUGGAUCCGAUUACCUUGCUUACCUUUAUAUUGCUGGGAUGAAGAUAGCAUAGCUAGAAUUGCUUCUUGCUUUGGAUCACCUAUGUAUGUAGAUGGAAAUACAUUCCAAUGGAGUAAACAAGAAUUUGCACGUGUUUGUGUGAGAAUUGAUUUAGAGAAGAAACUUUUGAAUGGUACGUGGGUUGAAGGUUCGGCUAGGAGAUUUUUCCAAAGGGUGGAAUAUGAAAAAAUUGAUCUUAUGUGCUACCAAUGUGGAAGGGUAGGCCAUGAUAAGAAGACAUGUCCGGAAAAUGUCACAUUGGUGAUUCAAGAUCAAUCAUUGAAGAGUAUGAGAUCAGAUAAUGGGCAGGACAAUUUGGUGAGACAUGACAAUAAGCAUUAUGUGGAGAAAGUUCAGGAUGAAUGUAACGGUAAUAAGGCAGAUGAAGUCUCUGGAAAAGAUGCUGUAACUGGUAUGUUCGAACAAUCAACAAACCUGUUUGCUAUUCUGGUUGAGGAGAAUGAGGAAGAACUUUUGGGUAAAGCUGUUAGUAAUGAUAAGGUGGUUGACAAAGGCUCGGAAUUAUUGGAACUGGAGGUAAAUCUUGAUAUGAAUUAUGGUAGUGAAGAUGUCAAGGUUAAAUUAGCCAAAGAAUUGAAGUCAUUGGGACCUGUUAAUAGUGAGAAGAAGAAGAGGAAUGGAAGGGGAGCGAGGAAGAAAGAAGCUUCCCUGUAUCUUAAGGAAAUGGUUAGAGAUGAAAAUGUUUUCUUUAUUGGGCUUAUGGAGACAAAGCUGUCUAGCAUUGGUAGAAUGGAGGUGGAUUGCCUAAUGGGAAAUGAGUGGGAUUAUUUUCACCAACCUGCUGUUGGGACUUCUGGUGGUAUCCUGGUUUUGUGGAACAUAAAUUUGGUGUCAUUUGAGGUUUGUGAAGCUUCUUCUCAGGUGAUCAUUGGUAAUCUUUCGAUUCCUAGCUUAGGAAUUUGGAAGAUUGCUACGGUUUAUGGAAGCCAUUGCAACAAGGAGAGAAGUGAUCUUUGGAAUCAAUUGGAGAGAAGCAUGGAGAAUUCUAGUCCUUCCAUCAUAGGGGGAGACUUUAAUUGUAUUCUAAACAAAGAUGAUAAUAGAGGAGGUAAGAGGUUCCUUUUUUCCAAGGGACCGAGAGAAAUGAAGAGCUUCAUGCUUCCUUUGGUAGUGAACAGACAUUUGGCAAGGAUGGCAUGUGAUCACUGUCCAAUUGUGAUCAAGAUGGAUGAUAGAAUACGGCUUAAGCCGAGAACAAUCAAAUUUGAAGAUACAUGGAGAUCUUAUCAGGAGGCUAAGAGCAUAGUUUAUCACUCCUGGAAGAAGCAUGAUGAUGGUAAUGAGUAUGAAGUCUUACAAAAGAAGCUUAAUCGUACUUUGAAAUCCUUAUUUUUCUGGAGCAGAAAUAAAUGCAAGGAUUUGAAUGCCUUAAAGGAUAAACUGAAGAAAGAGAUCCUUGAUUUGCAAAACAAAGAAGCAUUGAGUAGUAAGUGGUCUGCUGAUGACCUGUUUAAACUUAGAAAUAAGGUUAAUCAACUCAAUAUCACUAUGAGAAGACUUUCAACUUGGUGGAAUCAAAGGGCUAAGGCUAGGUGGCAUGAGGAAGGCAAUACAAAUUCUAAGUUUUUUCAUAACUUUGCAACAGCUAGAAGGAAUGGGAAUCGUAUUUUUCAAGUCAAAGAUGAAGCAAAUAAGUUGCAAGUGGAGGAGGAUCAAAUCGAGAAAGUCUUCACCAAAUUCUUUGAGAAGAAAUGGGAAUAUAGUGAAUGUGAAGUCACGGGAUGGCCUUCUAUUAUGGAGAAUCAGAAGUGA